CUCCUCGAUAACCCCCUAUUAAAUUCUCCCCCAUCUAGGGUUUGGGCAGCCCCCACUUCACCUCCGCUUCCUGUAAUCCUAUCUCUAUCCGUCGCGUUUGUUUGCGCUUGUCUCCAUGGCUACAGCGGCGGCGAAGCGGAAGCCGGUGUUCGUCAAGGUGGACCAGCUCAAGCCCGGCACGGCCGGCCACACGCUCGUCGCCAAGGUGCUCAGCUCCAAUACCGUCCUCCAGAAGGGCCGCCCCGCCGCCGCCGCCGCCGGACCGGCGGCGCGGCCCACGAGGAUCGCGGAGUGCCUCAUCGGCGACGAGACCGGCUGCAUCCUCUUCACCGCCCGCAACGAGCAGGUUGACGUGUUGAAGCCUGACAGCACUGUUAUUAUCCGCAAUGCAAAGAUUGACAUGUUCAAAGGUUCAAUGAGGCUUGCUGUGGACAAAUGGGGUCGCGUCGAAGUCACUGAACCGGCAAGCUUCACUGUGAAGGAGGAAAACAACCUCUCACUUGUGGAGUAUGAGCUUGUCAACGUUGCUGAAGAGUGAAGGUCUUGUUCAUCUCGUUUGUUAACCAGAACGCUUGUUGGUAAAGAAAGUUGCAUCAUCAAGAACGAUAACUUGAUAAGAUGAUGGAGCUUAUGAAGUAGAUUAGAGCUGUUGGGUUGAACUAGUUCAAGCUCCUUAUUAUCAUGCAUUUAUGCCUAUGAAUGGAUAUUAGUUGCUGCAGCGUUGUCGUUGUAUGAACAAACGCCACGUGCUGAGCAGUUAAUACGCUGAUGCAUCUUGAGCUCUUCUGAAUGGAUUGAUGCGUUUGAGAA